UGCAUUUCAGCUUUUCGCUUUGUGCAAGCGGUCGAUUUAUCUGAACGAUACGCAUUUCUGUGAUAAGAUUAUUUAUUCAAAUAGGCUACGUUGGCUUAGAAUUUUUUCUUUAACUUUUAAUUGUGUGCUACUAGAUUACAAAUGCUGCGUAUUUUAAUGAUUUCCAAAGAAUACUCAUAGCUUGAUUCUGCUGAACAUCUUGGACGUUCCUCAUCUCAAAAAGAUUUCACACGAAAAAAUGUAUUCAUCAAACGCACCACGUAUGCAGGUGGCUGUAGGAUUAUUCAUUGUCAUAAUCGUGCUCUUUAUAUUGAUUCCGAACAGAAUCACUAAAUGUGAGAACAAAGAAAUUUAUAUAAAAGAAACACCAAAAGUAAAGGAAAUUCCAAAAGUAAACACAGAAACCACAGAAGGAAACAAAAUAAAAGUGACACAGACCAAAGAAAAUAAAUAUCCACACCUCCCGUAUAAUGUUCAGAAGGACCCCAACUUUGACUUCAAGAAAGAAACCGAAAAUCUGAAUAAAGAAAAGGUGAAACCGGACGACCCGCGUUUAGUGAAUUUGAUAAGGAAUUAUUAUAUAGAGCUGCCCUCCGACAAGCCUUACAAACUUGCAGAGCCGAACAGAUGGGAUUCUUCCUAUGGUCAAGCUAUGUUUGUUGACGGAGCGUUACGAAAUAUGGCAAGUGGAUUCUUUGUUGAUAGUGGGGCACAUGACGGGGAAAUACAAUCGAACACAUUGUUCUUUGAGAGACGCAGAGGUUGGACAGGUAUUCUUAUCGAGCCCCAGCCAAAAAUCUACGAGCAAUUAAAAAGCAAAAAUAGAAAAUCAUUCACAUUAAAUGCAUGUGUUAGCGUAGUUCCAUAUCCAUCUACGGUUAAAUUUCUACCGACAUCAUUCUAUGGAAAGAUGGUGGAAAAUAUAACGAGUGAAGACGAAUGGACCAAGAAAGGAUACAAAGAAAUAACCGUACAAUGUUUCCCUUUGUAUUCAAUUUUACUUGCUAUGAACCAAUUAACUGUUGACUAUUUUAGUUUAGAUGUCGAAGGAGCCGAGGAGGGCAUACUCAAUAAUAUACCUUUUGAUAAGAUCAAAAUUAGAACUAUCUCUAUAGAGUAUGAUAAAUUCGAAGGAGGACACGUGCGACUACGGAAAGAAAUGGAAAGUAGGGGUUUUUCGUUUUUAGUUAAAAUGGAUUCAAUAGCAGCUCAUGACAGCAUAUUCAUUAAAUAGAAUAUUCUAAAUAAAUUAUGGUUAGUAAGCAUAAUAAAACUGUUGACUUAUGAUAAUGUAAUACUAUAUGUUGUUUAGUUUAGUUGAGAUUAGUGUAUUUUCUUGAUUGCUUUUGGAUAUGUGUGAGAUAUCCUUGUUUGUAUGUGUGCUUUAUUGAAAAAAAAUACGGAAAGAAAUGGAAAGUAGGGGUUUUUCGUUUUUAGUUAAAAUGGAUUCAAUAGCAGCUCAUGACAGCAUAUUCAUUAAAUAGAAUAUUCUAAAUAAAUUAUGGUUAGUAAGCAUAAUAAAACUGUUGACUUAUGAUAAUGUAAUACUAUAUGUUGUUUAGUUUAGUUGAGAUUAGUGUAUUUUCUUGAUUGCUUUUGGAUGUGUGUGAGAUAUCCUUGUUUGUAUGUGUGCUUUAUUGAAAAAAAUGUGUUUGAAUGAGUGUUUUAUUGAGAAGUCUGUGUUUGCAUGAGUGUUUUAUUGAAAAUUGCGUGUUUGCAUGUGUGUUUUAUUGAAAAGUCUGUGUUUACUUGUGUGUUUAUUGAAAACCGCGUGUUUGCAUAUGUGUUUUAUUGAGAUGUCUGUGUUUGUAUGAGUGUUUUAUUGAGAUGUCUGUGUUUGUACGAGGGUUUUAUUGAGAUGUCUGCGUUUGUAUGAGUGUUUUAUUGAGAUGUCUGCGUUAGUAUGAGUGUUUUAUUGAGAUGUCUGUGUUUGCAUAUGUGUUUUAUUGAAAUGUAUGUGUUUGUAUGAGUGUUUUAUUGAGAUGUCUGUGUUUGUAUGAGUGUUUUAUUGAGAUGUCUGUGUUUGUAUGAGUGUUUUAUUGAGAUGUCUGCGUUAGUAUGAGUGUUUUAUUGAGAUGUCUGUGUUUGCAUGAGUGUUUUAUUGAGAUGUCUGUGUUUGCACGAGUGUUUUAUUGAGAUGUCUGUGUUUGCAUGAGUGUUUUAUUGAGAUGUCUGUGUUUGUAUGAGUGUUUUAUUGAGAUGUCUGUGUUUGCAUGAGUGUUUUAUUGAGAUGUCUGUGUUUGUAUGAGUGUUUUAUUGAGAAGUCUGUGUUUGCAUGAGUGUUUUAUUGAGAUGUCUGCGUUUGCAUAUGUGUUUUAUUGGGAUGUUUGUGUUUGUAUGGGUGUUUUAUUGAGAUGUCUGUGUUUACAUGAGUGUUUUAUUGAGAUGUCUGUGUUUGUAUGAGUGUUUUAUUGAGAUGUCUGUGUUUGUAUGAGUGUUUUAUUGAGAUAUCUGUGUUUGUAUGAGUGUUUUAUUGAGAUGUCUGCGUUUGCAUAUGUGUUUUAUUGAGAUGUUUGUGUUUGUAUGAGUGUUUUAUUAAGAUGUCUGUAUUUGCAGGAGUGUUUUAUUGAGAUGUCUGUGUUUGCAUGUGUGUUUUAUUGAGAUUUCUGUGUUUAUAUGAGUGUUUUAUUGAGAUGUCUGCGUUUGUAUGAGUGUUUUAUUGAGAUGUCUGCGUUUGUAUGAAUGUUUUAUUGAGAUGUCUGUAUUUGCACGAGUGUUUUAUUGAGAUGUCUGCGUUUGUAUGAGUGUUUUAUUGAGAUGUCUGCGUUUGUAUGAGUGUUUUAUUGAGAUGUCUGUGUUUGUAUGAGUGUUUUAUUGAGAUGUCUGUAUUUGCACGAGUGUUUUAUUGAGAUGUCUGCGUUUGUAUGAGUGUUUUAUUGAGAUGUCUGCGUUUGUAUGAGUGUUUAUUUUAGAUGUCUGUGUUUGUAUGAGUGUUUCAUUGAGAUGUCUGCGUUUGUAUGAGAGUUUUAUUGAGAGGUCUGCAUUUGCACGAGUGUUUUAUUGAAAAGUGCUUGUUUGCAUGUGUGUUUUAUUGAGAUGUCUGUGUUUACAUAUGUGUAAUAUUGAGAUGUCUUUGUUUGCAUGAGUGUUUUAUUGAGAUGUCUGUAUUUGCACGAGUGUUUUAUUGAGAUGUCUUUGUUUGCAUCAGUGUUAUUGUUGAGAUAUUAUGUUUUAGCAUGUGCCUUCUAUAAAUUGUGUUUUAUUCAGAUGUGGGUAUGUUGGCUUAAAUAUAUCAUUAAGCUAAACAAGUUAAUAUUGUUUUUAUUGAGGUGUGUUUGUAUGUAUGUAGCUAUUUUUGAGAAGUUCUUGCCGUGACAUUGCAAUUUUAUAGCUAUGUAUGUCGCCAUGGGUGUUGUUUUAUCAUAUUCGUGUAUGCCUGUUUUUCUUUUCUUUCUUUCUUUUUUUUAAUUUGUGCGUGUUUACAUUGGCAUAUGAGCAUAAAGAAACUAUAUCAUGCCAUAUAUCAAUAAGCCUUAUUUAGGUUAAGAUUAAAUUGUGUGAUAUUUGUCGUAGGUUUUUUACGUACUUUUUUACAUGACAGCAGACAUCAGAACGACAAAAUUCAACUUUUCAUAUUGGAAUAGAAUAAUCAUUCAGUUACGACUAUAGAGAUAUUUAGUUGAUACAUUUUGGCAUUAUGCACAAACACAAGGUCCCUGAAAACAUCAAAUGUAAAACUGUAUAUGAUGAUGCUUAGCAAUUACGUAUCUUUAUACGGCAUUUAUCGUAAAUCUGUUGUAAAGUAAUGUCUACACAGCUGACGUAAAGAAGAUAACGAUUUGAUAUAUAUAUAUGUUACUUUUAUCACUUUCAAUAACACAAUGGGACUUGUUGAUCUUUCACUGUUGACUAAACUUUCAUCAUUAUAGGGAUACUUUCCAAACAUGUAAUGAUCGACUGAAUAGAGAGUAUAGUAGAUUAUUUUUGAACAGGCAUGGAAUGAAUAAAAUAUGUUGCUGCCAGCAGGAAACAGGAACAGGGUUAAGGACAUUAUGGUGGAAAUAUUGUAUAUCUUUAUAGUCAUAAGUUGUAUAGAUCAGUACAUAAAUUAACAUUUGAAUACAGGAACACGUACACUAUAUUUCUUUCAUAUUUGCAUGUAUAAUAGCUACACGGUUUAAAGAUGACAACAUGU